CCAGUAAAUAGCCUUUUACAUUGUAAGUUUCAUCCUCUGACACCUACUCUCUCGUUAUCCCUGUGCGGUUUCAUGGGCAAAAUGAUUAAAGCCGCUUAUUCUUUUAUGCUCUAUUUUGCCUUUCUAUUUAUUAUAGCAGAAGCAGAAUCAAUCAGCCCCAAGCCUCAUGCUCUGGACUCUUUCAAUCUUAGUUUAAUCCAGACUGUGGGAAGCUGCUCUUACCAAGUGAUAAUCUCAACAAGCUGUUCCUCACCCAAAUACACCCGCGAUCAGAUCAGUCUUGCUUUUGGAGACGCUUAUGGCAACCAGAUUUAUGCGCCAAGGCUGGAUGAUCCAUCUACGAAGACUUUCGAGCGGUGCUCUUCUGAUUCAUUUCAGAUAAGUGGACCAUGUGCCUAUCAGAUAUGUUAUGUUUAUCUGUAUAGAACUGGACCUGAUGGCUGGAAGCCUGAGACUGUGAAGAUUUAUGGGUAUAAUUCUUAUCCUGUUACAUUUGACUACAACAUUUUCAUUCCCAGAGAUAUUUGGUACGGAUUCAAUCUGUGCCAAAGUGCGUCUUCUGCACAUGUUGGAAGAGUUCAAGGAUGGUUUAUGUGUGUUUUUCUAUUAGUUGUUGUUGCUGUUAUAUUCUAAUUGUGGUUGUACACAUUCAGAUCAAUUAAGACCUUAUGGUAGUAAUAGACUUGAUAGUUGAAGUUUUA